AUGUCGUCCCGAGCCAACCAAUCCACAAGGACUCGGGAUGCGCGGCCCCGAAAACCAGAGCCGACUACGCGAGAAACGCAUUCCAAGAGGCUGAGGGGCAUUUCCGACACGACGCACAAGAGGGCGUACUGUCGGUACUGCAUCCGGAAGGUCAUCAGGGAUUUCGACACUGACCCGGAAGCACGGAGAUUGUUCGACCCGCGGGGGACCAUCAAGGGAUCGAGCGAGUGGACGUACUGCCAGGCGAUCGAUGCGGUGCCGGCGACGUGCAGCCGAGUCCGGAGCAUGCGAACACACGUCACGGUGUGCCCCUACAUCCCCGCCGACGAACGCGCACGGGUCUUGAAGAAGUCGAGUGCUGCACACGAGGUCGAUAGUUCUCCGGACGAGCCCCCGUGCGAGCAACAGCGCAACCUUUACGAAACUUCCCACGGACACUACAACGGCCACGGCGAGGCCUCGAGUAAUAGUAGUAGUAGUAGUAGUAGUAGCCCCGCACCGUGGUCACAGCACGUCUACCGGGCCAGUCCUUACCAGGUACCACGUUCGGCUCGCUCCGUGGUGGAUUCGCGGCCCGGGGAUAUUGCGCCGCCCUCGUCGCCUAACUUCGGAUUGCAGGUUGCGUCGCCAUCCAGAACGCCACCGAGAAUUGCGAUCCGAGAUCUCUUGAACGAUUCGAUGGAAGACGCAUCAAACCUGUAUGACGGCUGGUUUUCAUCGGAAAAAAGGUAG